AUGACGGCUCAUCACUCGAAAGGUCAUGGUGCUAUAGCUGCGGCUGUAUUUUCAGCUAUCGCUCUUGCGGUUUACAUCACAGAACUAGCCACUCGAUUCCGAUGUGAACGCAGAGGUAAUGGCUUCAUCAUCACAAUGACUGGUGUAAUGACUACACAUGCAACACGUGGUCCGCCUACAUUUGCUCAACCAGCUCCAGGACAUAUGCCAGCUGAUUCAGCGGAUCCACAUAUUGGAUUUUCAGGAGCUUAUGCACCAGGUGAACGUGCGGAUGAAGGUUAUAUAAUGCCAUAA